AAACAACAACGUGAUUGUUUUCCGAACCUACUAUUUGCGCACACACAACACGAGUGUGUCAUGGCCGCGUCGAGUGGUUCCCCGAUUUAGCGACGGUGUGUUCCAAGCGGAGAAUAUUGGUUCGUUUAUUUUGCGGUGCAGCUGCAAGCCAUUGAUAACAUUCGGAUUUGGAAAUUAUAAACAGUGAACAGUGAAGUUUGGUGAAGUUUGUGGCAAAAAAGAAAAACAAUGGCGCCCAAGUAUCGGUUAACGGUGUUACUGUAAUCGAAACUCAGGUUUUCAGUGGCGGUUGAGGGAGCAGUUAGUGCGUGAAGAGUAUAGAAGAAUAAAUAAAUUGUGAAAAACGAAUUGUACUAGGAAAAAUAUAAACAUCGAUUACACCAAUCAGUUAAAGCAAAAGUGAUCGUCGUAGAAGUGUUGUGGAAGAAGUUUCAGCUAAAAAAACAGAGAACCUCCUUUCGAAGGAGCGUCGGUAAAGUCGGACCGGUAAAGCGGUCGGGAACUCGAAGGUGUAAACAAGCAAAUACGACAAAAUGGUGUCCUACUAUAACCACUUCGCGAUGUACCCGAAGAACCACAGCGGCAACCUGCCGUACUCGGCCACUUCCGGCUGGUACCCGGGCAACUACCAGCACCAGCCGCCGCACCCGCAGUUCAUCGGCGACGGCGAGUCGUCCCCGCAGCCCACCAUGUACUACCCGCACCCGCACGUGUUCCACCCGCAGUCCAGCCCGGACUGGAGCGCCCACGAGAACUUUUCCACUCCGCCGCAGACGACGCUCCUGCCGCACGGUCCGAGUCCCGGUAUCGGUUCCGGGGGUGGAGGCGGCGGUGGAGGCGGCGGAGGAUUGGGAGGGCUGGGUGGGCUCCACCUGGGCCCGGGCGGGCCGAACCACCACCAUCAUCACCAUCAUCACCAUCACAGCAACAACAGUGCCGGCAACAAUAACAACAGCGCGCACGAUCAUCUGACCGAUGGCCUGCACAGCAUACCGUCGCCGCCGAUCACCGUUUCCGGCAGCGACAUGUCCAGCCCGGGCGCCCCGACGGGUUCGGCCUCGCCGCAGAUCACGCCCCGCCCGACGCCCGUCAAGAGUCCGUACGAGUGGAUGAAGAAGCAGUCGUACCAGAGUCAGCCCAAUCCAGGAGGCCUUAUCAACAUCUGCUCGGCACCAUCGCUGCAAGACUUCGCCCCUGUGGAAUCCGGUGGAAAAUGGAAAACUCGAACGAAAGACAAGUACCGGGUGGUGUACACCGACCAGCAGCGGCUCGAGCUCGAGAAGGAGUUCCACUACACGCGCUACAUCACGAUCCGCCGGAAGUCGGAGCUGGCGCAGAACCUGCAGCUCUCCGAGCGCCAGGUGAAGAUCUGGUUCCAGAACCGCCGCGCCAAGGACCGCAAGCAGAAGAAGAAGGCCGAAACGGGCACGGGUGGCGGUCCGCAGUCGCUGGUCGGGCACCCGCAAGGCCACAACGUGCACGGGGCGCAGUCGAUGUCGAGCCUGCUGGGUGACACCAAACCGAAGCUGGAACCGUCGCUGCACCUGUCCCAUCUGCAUCAGAUGAGCGCGAUGAGCAUGGGCAUGGGCUCGAUGGGCCUCCACCACCAUCCCGCCCACCAUCCGGCGCUCCAUCCGCACCUGGGCGUGCCGACGUCACAGCAUCAGCUGAACCAGGCCGCGGCCGCCGCCGCCGCCGCCUCCCAGGUGCCCCCGACCUCGCUCAGCAUAAUGUGA